UUUUUUAUUCUAAAAAUAGCUCUUGAUUUUUUAUUUAUUCUUUAUUUCACACAAUUUACCCGCAAAAUGCCACCAUUUCUCUCCUUUUUCUAUUAUAAAAUUCCUCAUUGGCUUUCACUAAUCCUUUUUGACCUUGACGUGGCCUUUAAAUUAACUACAUUUUUGAUUGGCCGCUUUUCUCCUUCAAUGAAUUUUCCUUUCUUUAUUCAAAUAUCUAGCAUGAUUUUCUUAGCAAUUUCCGUUAUCCAACCUAUAUUAAAUUAA